GCGGUGCAAAAGUCGCUCCUUCCGUCGUGAGUGUUAUUUGUUGAAAUUUGUUAAUAAUUAAAAUUAUUCCGUGCCAUCGAAGCCUGGGUGUAAUUGUUUCUAGUGAGUGGGUUAAAAAUGUUGGCUGAGUCUGCCGCAACAACAAGCCACCGCAGCAGCGAAAACAAACUGUCCACCGUAGCCGUGAACUCCGGUUGCAGGUUUGCCGUGAUCGACUUUGCCAGAGAGGACAUCUAAAGAAUUAUUCUGCACUCCUCAAACCGAAUCCGGUGCACUAGAUGAAGAAUGUUGGGACGGAUGAAUCUCAGAAGUUUCCGGGAUACGGCAGCCGGAAUGAGCAAACCGCUUCUAGGAAGCGCUCUUAAAGGUUCAAACAGUUUUGAUGUCACUCGGAAUCUUGCCGGAAGGCAGCACUUCCACCGCAUCAUCUCGGUAUUUAUGAUCCAGGGUGGAAACCUUACGCGCGGAGACGGAACCGGCGGACGGUCCAUCUACGGCGAGCGCUUAGCCGCCGGAUGGCUGUCGAUGGCUAACACCAGCAAGGACUCCAACGGAUCGCAGUCCUUCAUCACGGUCGCGACUAGCCGGCUGGACGGAUGCUGAGUCUAUUUCGGAAGAAGCCCGUCCAGGAUGUUGUCACUGCCGACAGUGGCUCGCUGCCGGUAGAAACGCCGUACGCCGUGGAGGUCGAUGCGCGCGAUUAUGGUUUGAAACUUCCGUUGAGUGUGGAGGAGAAACCAAUCAAAAAGAGAGUGCAUUUAACCCCUUUCCGUCCAGAGCAAAAUCUCGAUUUUUUAACGUUUUACCUUUUUUUUAAAUAAAAAAAUACAUUACAACCUUAAACCUUCUAUUUCAGAUUUCAACACUCCAGAUGUAUGUGUGGUCCUAGUACAAGUCUUGGAAGCUGCCAAUGCUGCAGUUGCUCGUGAACGUGACGAAACCGACCAGGUGAUGCGUUGUUUGGGAAUUUGAUGUGAUCAGCUGUAGCAGCAGUGGCUUCGGCAGGAACAAGGACAGUGCGUGCUGUUUAGUGCUAGAAAUGCUAACCAUGGCGAUGAAUAUCACCUCCACGAUUCACGACAAUUUUUAGAUAAGUGCUUUAAAUGUUUUCUCUAAAAUGAAUAAGACUCUUUGCAAUAAUUUUCUAUAUUUUCAGAUUGAAACUUAACUCAAGGGCCUCCCGAGGUGAAUCCCAAAAAGUGCGGUGUUUGAUUAACUAUAAACCAGAGCACUAGAAAUGAGAAGCUACAAUGCGAAAUGCGAAAACUUCGGAAAUCUAAUUGGCAAGUAAACGUCUUCCCAAAAGUCCAAAAAAAAACUACGACUUCCAGAUGAUUUUAUUUUAAAAAGCCGACAAGUCAUUCCAAUUUUAGCUUUCUUAUGACCCAGUGCACUGAAAGUAAUGGGGGGAGGGUCCUAUAAAGGUAGGGGGGCAUCACAAACGAA